UUUGAAGAUAUUGUGAAAACUGUGAUAUUCAAAUAUUCGGCUUCCACACGUUCACACAACCAAAUGUGUCUCGCGUGAUGAGCAGUACUCAGAUAAAUGUGAUUAUAACAAGCAUGUGAAAUGUGAUCCUAUAUUUAGCCAAGAAGUAAACUACUAGUGCAUGGAACAAUUUACUACUGAUAACUUUAGACAUGUAUGGCGUCAUCCACUAUGUUGUCAAGGACAUGAUCGUCUCACAGUUUGGCCAGGAAGCUUUGGACCAAAUCCUCACGUGCGCUGGCCUUGACGAAAGCCGACAUUUUAAAAUGUUCUACCCAUACGACGACAAGAUCCUUGAGGCUCUGCUAGGGGCCACAAGUAAAUGUUUAGGUUUGUCUGUGGAGAUGGUUCUAGAAGUGUUCGGGGAUUACUUCAUCACGUUCAGCUUACGUCACGGAUAUGACGACAUGCUGAGAACCCUGGGUGGGGACAUGAGGAGCUUCAUACAAAACCUGGACUCGCUGCACUCACUGUUGGCCCUCAGCUACGACAAGAUGGUGGCCCCGUCAUUCAGGUGCGACACUGAAGCAGACGGCAGCUUGACCUUGCACUACCACAGCUCAAGGUGUGGCUACCAUCCUCUGGUCAAAGAAAAAACAAAACAGAUUGGUGUCACCUUGGUUGCUGACCUGGAGACCGCUGUCUUCACAAAGUCUGCUGAUAAUGUCUUCACAAUGUCUGCUGGUAAUGUCUUGACUAAAGUUGUUACAUUUGACCAAAAUUUGUAA